UGGAUAAGAUGUUUUAUCGAUAAGAUUUUUCGGUAUCAACCGUCGCUGUAAGAGAUUGGUUUCGGAGGGAAGCUUCAGGUGGUUAAUCCACUGAUGGAUCCAUAGGAAGACCCAUUCUCCUUUUCCCUUGCCCUUUCCCUUCCCUAAGGUUUCCUUAAAAAGGGGGCAACAAGGCUAAGGUGUUGCCAAGUGGCCAGAAUUAUCCUGACAAGCUCCGACAAGCCCCCUAACGGCUCCCGGUUAGGCUAGAUGCAAUACCACACCUUGUUACGUAGCACGAGUGGGAACGCGGACACUUUUGUACAGCUGGAGCUUCCCCUGCGUUAACUUAAUAAGAUUUUAAUGAGGCGCCGACUUUUUUGACCUCUUCUUUUCAUCACCAACUUAUGUCCUUCCGACAAUUUGGGUGCCAACCAUCAUAGUACUCGGCCCACGAAUUUGGCCGUAUGGUUGGUUAAUUUACAUCGAGUUUUUUUCUUCUUUGUUUCUUUCUCACAACAACGCUUUUCUUCUAAUCUGCGCUCCUUUAUACUAUGUCGACGACUCCGCAGGGCACUCUGCGCCAGCGGAAUGUCCCUGGUUCUGCGAAAAAGAAGUCACCGGGCUCCGUUGGCGCAGACUCGGAAUCUGACGAUUUCGUUAAAGUCACCAAGCCGAUUACUGGCCCAGGUCCAGAAUGGGAUUACAAGAUCGCUUUUACCGUGAUCACAAUACUAGCUUUUGUUUCGAGAUUUUGGGGUAUUAGCCAUCCGAACGAGGUCGUUUUCGACGAGGUUCACUUCGGUAAAUUCGCCUCGUACUACCUCGAAAGAACAUAUUUCUUCGAUGUUCACCCGCCCUUCGGAAAACUCCUCUUCGCCCUAAUGGGAUGGAUUGUGGGAUAUGAUGGACAUUUCCACUUCGAGAAUAUCGGUGACUCGUACAUUGCGAACAAAGUCCCUUAUGUGGCUUUCCGCGCCAUGCCUGCACUCCUCGGCUCUUUGACUGUUUCGGUGACUUUCCUCAUUAUGUGGGAGUCGGGAUACAGCCUUCCCGCCUGUAUUGUCGCCGCAGGUCUCGUUCUUCUCGAUAAUGCCCACAUUGGCCAAACUCGGUUAAUUCUACUUGAUGCCACCCUGGUACUUGCUAUGGCAUGCAGUUUGUUAUGCUACAUCAAAUUCUACAAGCUAAGGCACGAGCCGUUUAGUCGCAAAUGGUGGAAGUGGCUCAUUCUGACCGGCUUUGCGCUCUCAUGCGACAUAUCAACCAAAUAUGUUGGGCUCUUCGCCUUCGUCACUAUUGGUUCUGCUGUCAUCAUUGAUUUGUGGGACUUGCUUGAUGUUAAACGACUUGGUGGCUCAUUGAGUCUACGAGAAUUCGGGUACCAUUUCAGCGCGCGUGCUGUUGGAUUGAUCGUCAUCCCUUUCCUAUUCUAUCUAUUCUGGUUCCAGGUACAUUUUGCCGUCUUAACGCGGUCUGGUCCUGGUGACGACUUCAUGACACCCGAAUUUCAAGAAACGCUCUCGGACAAUGUGAUGCUUGCGAACUCGCUCAAUAUCGACUAUUAUGACACCAUCACUCUUCGUCAUAAAGAAACCAAGGCCUAUCUGCACAGUCAUGAAGCGAAAUACCCUCUUCGUUACGAUGAUGGCCGAGUUUCCAGCCAGGGUCAACAGGUGACGGGGUAUCCGUACAAUGAUACUAAUAAUUAUUGGCAGAUUCUUCCUGUCACCGAUGACCAUCAGAUGGGCCGCCAUGUGAAGAACCACGAGCUUGUUCGACUACGUCACUUAGUAACCGACACAGUCCUGUUAUCUCAUGAUGUUGCUUCUCCUUACUAUCCCACGAACCAAGAAUUCACCACUGUGCCUCUUGCUGACGCGUACGGAAGUCGCUCGGCUGAUACUCUCUUCGAGAUUAGAAUCGAGCAUGGCAAACCCAACCAAGAUUUCAAGAGUGUUUCUAGUCACUUCAAGUUAAUCCACAACCCUAGUAAGGUAGCGAUGUGGACUCACACGAAGCCUCUUCCUGAGUGGGGUCACAAGCAGCAGGAAAUCAACGGAAACAAGCAGAUCGCCCCUAGCUCUAACGUUUGGAUCGUAGAGGAUGUUCCAUCUGUCCCAGUAGACUCUCCACGCCGACAGAAGGAAGAGCGUCAAGUUAAAACCCUGCCUUUCCUAAGGAAAUGGUUCGAGUUACAGCGUUCUAUGUUCUGGCACAACAACCAAUUGACUAGCAGUCACCCAUACGCCAGUCAACCGUACCAAUGGCCAUUCCUACUACGAGGUGUCAGUUUCUGGACUCAGAAUGAUACCCGCCAACAAAUUUACUUCUUGGGUAACCCAAUUGGCUGGUGGAUUGCUAGCAGUUUGAUUGCGGUAUACGCCGGAAUUAUCGGUGCCGAUCAGGUCUCUCUCCGCCGCGGCAUUGACGCCUUAGACCACCGUACUCGUUCUCGACUUUAUAACUCCACGGGAUUCUUUUUCCUGGCUUGGGCUACACAUUACUUCCCAUUUUACCUUAUGGGACGCCAACUUUUCCUUCAUCACUAUCUCCCUGCUCAUCUUGCGUCGUGUCUCAUUGUUGGUUCCUUGCUCGAGUUCGUCUUUAAUGCCGAGCCUUCUGCUGAAGAGCCGAGCUACCAAGAGAUCAAGGCGGGGAAGAAGCGAGCGCCAGGCCCUCAACGACACAUUACCGCUCGGGAGAGAUUCGCUGGGCAGAGCAUGCUUGCGGCAUGGAUCGCUUGCUCUGUUCUUCUAGUAUUGGUCUUUGCCGGCUGGUACUUCUUCCUGCCGCUCACUUACGGUUACCCCGGCUUAACUGUUGACCAAGUUCUCCGACGAAAAUGGCUCGGAUAUGAUCUACACUUUGCUAAAUAAGCGGUUGCUAUAGUAUAGCAAUGUGAUGAGCAGUAAUAUUGCUAUGUAAACCAUAAUUAUUGGGAGUGGGGUAGACAGGUGUACGAUUACGCAACAUCCAUGGAUCUAUUUGGGGCGAAAAUGGAUAGGUUGGGCAGGCUUCGCAUGACCCGGGGCAAUGGAUCAAAAAAAAAGUCGGUUUUGUUAUAUAGGGGAGUGUGCUUCAAUUAGCCCGUUACCUAUCUAAUCAUGACUCGUUUCUGUAAACCAUAUAAAGAUAUCGAAUUUAAAAACCCAUUUAUAAACCCAU